AUGGCGUUCUGUAUCGUGGAAUUUCGUGAUAAUGAAAAUGACGCCAAUUCAGUGGCGGCAAUACAUAGUUCGUGGCUUACACCACUGAAAAGAGAAGCUUUCUGGCCGCCUUUUAAAGAGCAACACCGGUUUGAUAAAGCCUUGCGAUCUGGCGAAAGAGUAGGUGGCAUUGGCUUUUUCGAAUUAUUUUGUUUUCCUUCAAUUUCAGAUGAUCUGCUCAAAGCAAGGCAAAAGUUAAAAGUAGCAGAAUUAUCUUCCAAUUUAGAAAGUGAUGAAUUGGAUGGGGAAGAUUUUAGUCGAUCGAAAAGAAGAAAGAAAGUUGCAAAAAAACUUUAUGUUAGUUCUGAUGACGAAAGUGGUCAAUCAGAAGAUAAUGAAAAUACUUUAACAAGGCCUCCAGCCAUCAAAAGCAAGAAGGUGUUCAACAAGAAAAUACAAGAUUCUGAACUAUUACCAGUAUCACAAUUUCCUAAUGAAUAUACUCAGUUAUCGCAAGCAUCACUAGGACGUCAAUCAUUGCACCAGAGUUCUAGUACGUUGUUGAAGUCGCCCAAUUCUUCUGCACCAUCUCUUGGAAGCAGAGUGGAUUGCAUCUCUACACCGGUUUUUGAAAGAAACAGUACACCUUCAGCUAGCCAUUUAAGUGUGACAGACAAGCUUAUAAAAUUAGUGUCGCAUGUUAAGCAACAGAAUGAUCACAUAUUAGCAUGGAUUGCUAAACAAAAUAUCAACACCACAAGUGUUAUGACCCCUGAUGACCUCCCCUUUUCAUUUCCACUUGAAAGUUUUGAUGAGCUGAAUGAAUUUGAUGAGUAUAUAAGGAAUAAUAUUGACAAGUUCAAAGCAUUGGAAUCAUACUUAUCGACAUUAGGGGGAAAUAGCAUUACUUCUAUAACAAAUCGAAUCAUUAAACAUCUUUUAUCAGAUGUUUUAACAGUUGAGUUCAAUUAUUUUGGACAGAGAUCUCUUAAAAGGCCAUUUUGUGACUUGACGUUGAAAAAUUUGAUAGUGGGAGCUGUCAAAAAGAGCCAUCCCAAUUCAACAAACAAAGAAAUUGAAGAUGUAAUCAAAGUGUGGUUGAAACAUGCUCAGGAACGUCUGAAGAGGAGAAGUAAACAUGCCAAACAAAAUUAAACGGAGACUGAAAUUACUUGUGGGUAAGCGACAAUUUCUUCGCAGAGUAGCUCAGACUGUUCAAGAAACAAAUCAAUCAUGUAGUUUAAUCAACAAAAUUGUUCCAAUUGAGUCUGAAACCCCAACCAAUUCUCUGUAUCCGAGCAAUAAAAAUUUGGAUUCAUUUUCAUCAGUUGCAGUGUAUAAUGAUUUUGACGUUGAAAAUAUGGAACAUGAUCUUGGCAACUGUUCAGAUGAAGAUUUAACUUUCGAUAUUCAAACUUUUGUCCUAGCUAAUUUGAAUCCUAAACUUGAAUUAUGCCCUAUGAAUGAAGUAGCUUCCAAAUGCAUAGUAUUGUUUUCAAAAGAUCAAAAUAACAAGUGUGCAAUAUCAUUCCCAAUUAUACAUACCUGCGAAGAAAUUUGAGCUAACUGCAAAAAAUUUAUGUAUAAUACUUAGUUUUUCUUGAGUAUAUAAAGAUUGUAUUUUCAGUGUGCAGAGAUUUCAAUUGUUUUAUAUGUAUUUUUAAAUUACGAUGUAUUUGUUCUAUUUUUAAAAAUUACAUCAAAUAUUUCAGAAAUAGUUACAUUGGCACAAGAUUUUUGUUAUUUAUCAAGAGUAAUUUAUUAUUUUCAAAGGAAUACAUAACU